UGCAGUCGUCGAUACACGAAGGAGCUCACCAGUCCUCCCUCGCUUGUGUGGUGGUCGGGUCGGGGAGUGCGGGGUAGCGGCCGAACUUGGAAUAGAAAUUUCUUAGUGUAUUGUCGGUGAAAAACUAAAAAGCUAUUUCAAGGACAAGCUGUUACAAUGUGCGACGACGACGAGACGUGUGCCCUUGUUGUGGACAAUGGCUCCGGCAUGGUCAAGGCUGGCUUCGCCGGUGACGACGCUCCCCGCGCCGUAUUCCCCUCCAUCGUCGGCCGUCCUCGUCACCAGGGUGUGAUGGUCGGUAUGGGUCAGAAGGACGCCUACGUCGGUGACGAGGCCCAGAGCAAGCGAGGUAUCCUGACUCUCAAGUACCCCAUCGAGCACGGCAUCAUCACCAACUGGGACGACAUGGAGAAGAUCUGGCAUCACACCUUCUAUAACGAACUGCGUGUUGCCCCUGAGGAGUGCGCAGUUCUCCUGACUGAGGCUCCCCUCAACCCAAAAGUGAACCGAGAAAAAAUGACUCAAAUUAUGUUUGAAACGUUUGCUGCUCCGGCUACGUACGUGGCCAUCCAGGCGGUACUGUCUUUGUAUGCCUCAGGUCGUACAACUGGCAUAGUGUUGGACUCUGGUGAUGGCGUGUCCCACUGUGUUCCAAUCUUCGAGGGCUACUGUCUGCCCCACGCCAUCCUCCGCCUUGACUUGGCUGGCAGAGAUCUAACAGACUACCUCAUGAAGAUUAUGACUGAACGUGGGUACUCUUUCACUACAAGCGCAGAGCGAGAGAUCGUGCGAGAUGUUAAGGAAAAACUAUGCUACGUUGCUCUGGAAUUUGAGGCCGAGAAGGCCGUAUGCGACGCUUCUUCCUCUUUAGAUAAGUCAUAUGAACUCCCAGACGGACAAGUCGUGACUAUAGGCAACGAGAGGUUCCGUUGUCCUGAAGCUCUCUUCCAGCCUUCGCUUUUGGGGAUGGAAUGUGUUGGUCUUCAUGAAACUAUGUACACGUCUAUAAUGAAGUGUGAUGUUGACAUUAGAAGAGAGCUGUACGCAAAUAACGUUUUGUCUGGUGGUACCACCAUGUACCCUGGUAUAUCUGACCGCAUGCAGAAGGAACUUUGUGCUCUGGCUCCCCCCACCAUCAAGAUCAAGAUCAUUGCUCCUCCCGAGCGUAAGUACUCCGUCUGGAUCGGUGGCUCCAUCCUGGCCUCUUUGUCCACCUUCCAAACCAUGUGGAUCACCAAGGAGGAUUACGAUGAGUCCGGCCCAGCCAUAGUUCACCGCAAGUGUUUCUAGUCUCUACAGUAAAUAUUGUCAUAACGUCAAAGUCUAUUUUUGUCAUGUAUAAUUAUAAUGUAUAAGAGUUUUGUGUAAGCUUAGCUGAAAAAUAAAUACUAUAUUCAUACAAACCUGAA